CAGCCGUAACUCACUAUUGUGUUACCGGGCGAGUUUUCUGUUUAUCUUGUAUGGUAUCUCCUCUAGUUUCAUUCUGUAGACUGCCGUAUUGGAUAGAGGGUCUUGCCAUGCCCAAUUUACCCAAUCUUAACAGCUUUGGCAAACUGUGCGGCUCCGGCCGCAGCGACGACUCUGUGGUGCUGGACCGGGUGAAGCGCAAGAACUCAGUUCGGAGAAUGUCCAUUAUCGAAGAUGGAAACGUGGCUGAGGUGCUCUACCUCAUUCCCAAACAGUCCAUGAUGGAGCAGCUGCCCUUCCUUAACCCCAAUGAGUAUAUUAUCCUGGAGAAAAUGGCACCUCCUGACAUGGGACCCGUGGCCCAUCCUCAGGAACCGCACCAUCCUCCAGGAAAACUGGUCAUCCAGUGCUAUAAGUGUGGGGAGCCAUGCAAGGGGGAGGUUCUCCGGGUGCAAUCCAAGCACUUCCAUAUAAAAUGUUUCACAUGCAAAGUGUGCGGUUGUGACCUGGCCCAAGGUGGUUUCUUCAUGAAGAACGGGGAGUACCUGUGCACGCUGGACUACCAGAGGCUACAUGGCACUCGCUGUAAUGGCUGUGGAGAUUUUGUUGAAGGAGAGGUGGUCACUGCUCUUGGGAAGACCUACCAUCCCACAUGUUUCGUCUGCACUGUUUGCAAACGGCCAUUUCCCGCUGGUGAUCGAGUCACGUUUAAUGGAAAAGACUGUCUCUGCCAGCGUUGCAUCCGGCCAACUUCCCCAACUCCCAAAGACAUCAGCGCCUCUAGUAACUGUGCAGGAUGUGGCAGGGAUAUAAAGAACGGUCAGGCUCUUCUGGCCUUGGACAGCCAGUGGCAUCUCGGCUGUUUCAAGUGCAAGGCCUGUGGGAAAGUGCUGAGCGGGGAGUACAUCAGCAAGGAUGGUUCUCCAUACUGUGAGAAAGACUACCAGAUACAUUUUGGCGUGCAGUGUGAGGCCUGUCAUCGGUUUAUCACAGGGAAAGUUCUGGAGGCAGGAGAUAAGCACUACCAUCCAAGCUGUGCACGAUGCAGCAGAUGCAAUCAAAUGUUCACGGAGGGAGAGGAGAUGUACUUACAGGGUUCUACAGUAUGGCAUCCAGACUGUAAGAACAACAGUGGAGUGGAAGAGAAGUACAGAGCAGCUUGGCAACAUCCUAAAGGAAAACCCAGUCCAUUUGAUAUCUUUUACCCCCAGUCUCAGGUUCAGAGCUGGGGCCCAGGUGGCUCUCGGCUGGGCCGGCAUCCCCUGGGCAGUCGUGAGCCCCUUUCACCCUCAGUAACAUCUCUGCACCACUCAGAAAGGCAGCCGACGAGGUCAUCGUCUGAGAGUAUCUGUUCGAGACCUGGCUCGAGCAUCCCUGGAUCUCCAGGUCAUACCAUCUAUGCAAAAGUAGACAAUGAGAUUAUUGAUUACAAGGACCUAGCAGCCAUCCCCAGAGUCAAGGCCAUUUAUGACAUAGAGCGUCCAGACAUGAUAUCCUAUGAGUCUCUCCAUUCCACCUCCUCCACCCUGGAAAGACAAGGAAGGCACAGCCCUGGAGAGCCUGUCAAAGCCUCAAGUGACAGCACACCCAGAGGCAGAGCCACAACCCUGCCACAAGACCCCUCCUCAUUGUCCGCAGAAACAUCUCCAAGGACACUGUCUCCCACCCCGUCCGCUGAGGGUUGUUAUGACAUAAGGGAGCGCAUCAUGCAAAGAUCCACCAGUCAGGGCUCCAUCGGCUCUCCGGUUUACCACCGCCAUAGCUAUAUACCCCCUUUCUCCAAGUCUCCCCAGCACUUUCACAGACCAGGAAUGCUGAAGCUCUGCUCCUCUUUGUGCUCCAGCGACACGCGCCCUACCUCCCCUUUUCGACAUCACUUCCUCCCCCAUAACAAAGAUUCUUUCUGCAUAGGCACUGAGCCAUCCAGCGGCCGGAGUUCUCCUCUUUCCUCUCGGCCAGCCACCCCGACCCUCUCUCUGACCCCUAAACAUUUCCACAUCCCAGACCAAGGGAUUAACAUGUAUAGAAAACCACCAAUCUACAAACAGCAUGAUUCAGCUGCCCUGGCAGCCCAAAGCAAGUCUGCUGAUGACAUCAUCAAAUCAUCCAAGUUCCCUGCUGCCCAUGCCCCUCAGCCAGACGAAACACCAAAGAUCGAGACCGACUACUGGCCGUGUCCUCCGUCCCUUGCUGCUUUAGGAUCAGACGGGAGGAGUCGGUCACGGGAUGAAGAAGAGGAAGAGCAACUGAAACGCAGACAACUUCAGGAAGAAAAUCUCAGCAAGAUCCAGUCUGGACUCGGGAAGCUCAUUCUGAAGGAGGAGAUGGAAAAGGAGAGGAACCGAGAGAGAUACAUACGAAGUGUGGCCGCCCAGCGCUUUGACUCCCAAUAUGCUAACUGCACCACAGACUCCCAAACGGUUAAAACAUCAUCUCUGCCUGGAUAUGGACGGAAUGGACUCCAUCGGCCCCAGUCUACAGAACUAUCUCAGUAUAACAGUUAUGGGGAUGUGUGUGGAGGACAAAGAGGUAAAAUUCAAUACCAAGAUGCCCAAGAUUCCAUUACAAGAAUGGACAGGGGAAUGUCUAUGCCUAAUAUGUUGGAAUAUAAAGUGUAUCCAUAUGAAAUGCUCACUGUCACCAACAGAGGGCGUGCUAAGCUCCCGAAGGAUGUGGACAGGACGAGUCUGGAGCGCCACUUGGCUCCCGUGACAUUCUUUGAUAUUUUUGGGAUGAAGAUCCAUGAGUUUGACAGACUUCCUCUUUGGAAGCGCAACGACAUGAAGAAGAAAGCCAAGCUCUUCUAAACUAGCUGAUUGUGCAUGUUUUAAUUUAUCAGUCACUCAUAUGUAUUAGAGCGAUAGUCCUAACUUUUUUCUUUUCUUUUUUUUUUUUCUUUUUUUUUGCAUCCAAUUACAUGCACAAAAAAGUUUUAUUCUGCUUCAGAAAGACCACUUUUUAUUUUCCUAAAUCUAUAUAUCUUUAUCUUUAAAUGAGUGAGUGUUUGAAUAGGAAUCAAAUGAGGUGCACGUGACCCCUAGAUGCGAACACGCGAGCGAGAGGAGCUGAUGGUGUUCCUGCUCUCAUUAAACCUGCCUCUAGGACCAGAGGGUUUUAUCCUCCUCCCUCCUGGCCCACUUGUAAAACAGGACUGUAAUUUUUUAGAUGGGGAACCGGGGGCUGUCAGCAGGGUUCUCCCUCUAAACAGGCCGUUAAGGUGGUGGACUUGUAGGGAUCCCUGGAGCCCCCUGCUGCUGCGGACCUAACGAGACCUUUGAAGUGCGUUAAAAGCGGGAAGUGAGAGCUACUGAAGAUCCUUUACCUGCGGAGCCGAGCUUCUGGAAUACAUUAGA